ACAUGAAGAGACUUUGGCAGCGAUCUGGCAACCCAGGGCUCGCGCUCUCCGCAGAGCUGCGCGAGCGUGUGGGAAUUUGAACGGGAACGAAAAUAAUCGCCACUUUAACUAAAAAAAUUGGAACAAUUAAGAGUGGAAGACUGGCUUUCUUCAAGACUCGAGCUAUUGCUAGAUGCCUCACAAGGAGACAGAGGCCAUGGAUGUCCAGCAGCAUGGCGGAAAGGAUCGAACCCACAGGAACCAUCUCAUCCAGCCUGAGAGCAAAGUGGAGGCACAAGACGUCACACAACAGCCAGAUCCUCUUCCAGCAAGGCUUCCAUGUGUGAACGGAAUAGGUUAUGGUGGAAGUGAUGACUCUUUAACAGACAUCGUAAUCACGAACGAGGAUGCUUUACUGCUCCCCAACCAUGUGCCAGUGAUCGUGCACAAACUCGACAAAGAGACUCCCAGCCCUCUCAAUGGCCUCUCUCCUCCAGACACUGUGGCUAAUAGAUCUCCACCUGUCUGCACACCACCCUCUCCCUCUAAAGAUCAAAGGGCACCUCAUCCUGCACAGAUACCCAAGUCCAACGGGCAUAAGAAACCCCACAAAAAGAAGCGUCCUCCCUCCACCUCCAAAAGCCAACAGAGUUUAAAAACAAGUUCCAAUCAGGUCCAGGAUGACGCUGGUGAUGACUGCUGCGUGCACUGUGUCCUGGCCUGUCUGUUCUGUGAGCUGCUGCCCAUGUGCUCAGCCUUGGCUCAGUGUUUGGCCUGUGGAAUGGAGUGUGAAGCCCUGUGCUGUUGUGGCGAGGCGUGCGGAGGCCUGGCGUGUUGCUCCGGCGACCCCUGCACUGCUGUGCUGGACUGUGCCAUCCUGGAGGACUGCUGCCAAUCGUCCGACUGCCUAGAGAUCUGUCUAGAGUGCUGCUCUAUCUGCUUCCCUACUUAAAAAAGCAAAUAGCCAACGACGAGGAUGUUAGUACACUUACAGAGGUGAUCUGGAAUGUGGCAUCACACCAGUGUGUUGCAGAAAGGUUUGUCGUUAUGGAGGUUGCAUGCCUUAUUUAUUCUCUAGGCUAGUGACUGAGAUCAAGGUGUGACUGCUGUGUGCUAAAUUAAUCUGGGUGUGAACUUAAAUCUCACACACUCAUACACACACACACACACAAUGCAAAGUUGCUUAUAAUGAUGUCAUGACAUGAUUAUGUGAAGCAAGAGGCCUUACUGUAUUUAGAGAAUUCAUAUUCAGAUGCAUGGCCUGCUUUUUUAUUUGUUUUUGUUUUACAUAUUUUGUGCAGUUCAGCUUAUGUAGAGCACAUUUGCACUCGUACUUGCCCACAAAGGGGCACAAUGCAUUCUGGAGCUGAUUCAGCACAGAGUGUUCAGAGAAAUAUUUUUAUUUGAGCUUGAGUAAAAUCACGAUCAAAGAUAAAUCAUUCAAAGGGGUUUGGAAAUGAACCACGCUCCAAAUUAGAAAGGAUCUCAACAAAGAUCAAAUAUUUCUACAGUUGCUCUUUGUAUUAUUACAAUCAGAGAUGUGAUGGAGAAUCAUAUGAACUGUUUAUUUUGUGUCCUGGUAUCUGCACUCUAAGUAAUCUGUCUGAGCAAUGCAUUAGCUCGUGAUUAACUUAUGAUUUAAUGUGACUGUAUUUUUUAUUGUGCAUAAGAAGUAAAGAGGCUUUUGUUUUCAUAAUUAUGCCUCCUUUUUACUCCGUUAGCUCAGCACUGGAACUAUCACUGGCCCUGACAAAUACUCUCCACAUCUACCUUUUUUUAACUGGUUUUUCACACAUUUUAUUUGAUCUGCAGAUCAGCGGUAAGCUUGGUAAAGCCAGUCCUGAAACUAGUGUGAAAAUAGCCUGGUCCUUGAAUCAAGUGGCUGCAUAUUCAUCUGGACUUGUAGAAUUUCACAGGCAUCCUCAAGCCCAUUACGCCCUGAAUUAGACUCAGGUUUGGGAACCGGGCAGUUCAUAGAGGGGGAAAAAAAAAGGGAAGGUCAGUGUAGAGGUGAAAAUGCCCCUUUUUAAUCUGUGAUGAAGUUCUAAACACUUUAAGAAAGCUGAUAAAUGUAGCGCAGACAUGUCUCCUUAAGCAGUGGACUAUACAGAGAAGCUCCAUACCAGAAACAGACAAAAAAAGACAGUGGACUGAUUAUCUAAACCAUACUGCUGAAAUGCUUUACACAAUGAAUGGUAAUGUUUUGCAUGCAGUACUGUAAAUAAUAAAAGACAAAGCAAAUGGAAACACAGAUAUAAAGUUGCCUAGUAUAUAAUUGACAUAUAUAUAUACAAGCUAAGGUCAGGAGGCAGGUUCAUGAUGGAACUGGAGCGGAAGCAAAACAGGAAGUUUUGGAAACAAGGAAGUAAAGAGGAAGGCUUUGUGACUAGA